AUGGUAACGGUUAAAAACCGUUAUAUAAACAAUACAGUAACGGUUUUGAACCGUUCCAACAGAGAAAGGGUUGUGAUAGACGUAUCUAUUGUCACGGCAAUGCAAACCGUUGCAAGACCCGUUCCAGUAGGCCUAUGGUAUAAAUCUUCUUUUGAAAUGCUACAUUCACAUCCUCCUAAUUUUGAUUAUUUAAAAAAUUUUGGUUGUCUUGCCUAUGCAUCAAACCCCAAUAUUACUAAUAAGAUGUCACCUAGAGCCAUUCCUGCUGCCUUAAUGGGAUAUUCUUCUACUCAAAAAGGGUACAAACUCUAUGAUCUACAUGCUAAGUCAUUCUUUGUGAGCAGGAAUGUGGUGUUCAGAGAAGACCUAUUUCCUUUUAGACACUUCACUCCUUCUACUCUUCCCCUGUUUCCAUUACUAGAAUCUACAUCUGAUCCACCAAGAAAUAUUCUAAACACCACUCAUAACAAUACAAUAACCUCUCAAACUAUACAAGAAGACUUAGCUACAGAAAACCCUACAACUUUAAAUCCAUCCACCAAUACAGAUCAUUCCUUACAUCCAGUCACACCUAACAUCACAGUAACUAAUACAUCUAGCAUCAGUUCAAUACCUAUCACUGAACCUCAACAAUCUGAAACACUUAGAAAAUUCUCUAGAAUUGUCAAACAACCUCUGUGGAUGCAAGACUUUGUCACUACUAAAAAAUCCAAUUGUGCCUACCCCUUGUCAUCUUAUAUCUGUUAUGAACAUCUAACCCCACCUUAUAAGACUGCCUUAAACUCCUAUUCAUCUAUUGUUGAGCCUGCUAGUUACAAAGAAGCAGGUGCAGAUCCAAAGUAG